UUAUUUUGGGGAUUAUUUUGUUUUAAACGUGUAGCGACAAGACAGGAGAGAAAAUGUCACGACUUAUUGUAAAGAACCUUCCUAAUGGGAUGAAGGAAGAUCGCUUCCGGAAGAUGUUUGCAGCUUUUGGAACGCUGACAGACUGUGGGCUGAAGUUUACAAAAGAUGGCAAAUUUCGCAAAUUUGGCUUUGUUGGGUUCAAGUGCGAAGAAGAUGCAGCAGAAGCAUUGAAGCAUUUUAAUAAGAGCUUUGUAGACACAUCAAGAGUAACGGUGGAAUUUUGUACAGAUUUUGGAGACCCCAACAAAGCAAGACCAUGGAGCAAGCACAGUCGACCGUCUAAAGAUGAACAGAAGCUGAGCAAAGACGAAGGAGAAACGACAGAUGAAAAGGGAAAGAAAGAGAAGAAACCUCUGAAUCUUCUUGGAGACCUGGAAAAGGAUGAAGGUUUCCAGGAGUUCCUGUCUGUGCACAAAAUACGUACACAGGUGCCUACCUGGGCCAACGAUUCUGGAGAAACAUCCGGAGUUGAAAAGAAAAAGCUGGAGAAAAAGAAAGCUCCCAGCAACGAUUACUUAAAUUUUGAUUCAGAUGAGUCAGAGAUGAGUGACAAGGAGGAUGAGGAGGAGGCUCCUGAGGAGGACGAUGAUGAGCCUGAGACUGACAAGCUGGCUCUGAAGGAAGGCCUGUCUGAUAUGGACUACCUUCGCUCUAAAGUAGUGAAGAAAUCAGACGUGAUGCAUGACAGUGAGAAUGAGACAGAGGAUGAUGAUGAAAAAAAGGACGACAAGGGGGACAAAAAAGACGAUGAAGAUGCUGAACAGGAAGAAAAGCGUCUAGCCCAGCACACAGAUAGUGCGUAUGACAGUGGUGACAAAGACAGCAGCCAAAAAGCUACACUGUCACAGUACAAGUUUGAACCCACCACAGAAUUUACUGUCAAACUUCGUGGCGUUCCAUUCAACGUUAAAGAGCAACAAAUCAGAGAGUUUAUGCUUCCACUGAAGCCUGUGGCCAUCCGUAUCGCCAAGAACAAGGAGGGUCGUAACUCAGGUAAUGUGUACUUGGACCUGCGGUCAGAAGCCGAGGUGGAGAGAGCUCUACGACUUGACAAAGACUACAUGGGUGGACGCUAUAUUGAGGUUUUCCGUGCCACAAACUUUACUCCCAAAGAUAAAACAAAACUCUCUAAACCAGAGAAAAACUUUACCUCUGAGCUGAAAGAGGAUGAAGAGGAGGAGGAUGUGGCAGAAUCGGGACGGCUCUUUGUGAGGAAUUUGCCCUACACAUGCACUGAAGAGGAGCUGAAAGAGCUCUUUACUAAUCACGGAGUCCUUUCCGAGCUUAAUUUCCCCAUAGACUCCAUGACUAAGAAACCAAAGGGCUUUGCUUUUGUCACCUACAUGAUCCCUGAAAAUGCAGUGACUGCCUUAGCUCAGCUGGAUGGUCAUAUUUUCCAGGGUAGAAUUUUACACAUCAUACCUUCCAGGAUAAAGAAGGAGAAGCCUGAGCAGGGGCCCAAUGCUCCUGGUAGCUCUUCCUAUAAGAGACAAAAGGAUGCCAAGGACAAGGCAGCCAGCGGCAGCUCUUAUAACUGGAACGCGCUCUUUCUUGGCACCAGUGCAGUUGCUGAUGCAAUUGCUGAAAAGUACAAUACCACGAAAAACCAAGUUCUGGAUCAUGAGUCGAAGGGCAGCUUGGCUGUGAGGAUGGCACUCGGAGAGACACAGAUCGUUCAGGAAACCAGAAACUUCCUCUUGGAUAAUGGAGUAUCACUGGACUCGUUCAGUCAGGCUGCAGGUCAGCGGAGUAACUCUGUGAUCUUGGUGAAGAACUUGCCAUCUGGAGUUCAGGUAAAGGAGUUGGAGAAUCUCUUCUCGCCUCAUGGGUCUUUGGGUAGAGUUCUGCUGCCCCCCUCUGGGCUCACUGCCAUUGUGGAGUUCCUGGAACCAACUGAAGCCAAACGUGCCUUCACCAGACUUGCAUACACAAAAUUCCAGCAUGUUCCUUUAUAUCUAGAGUGGGCACCAACAGCUGUCUUUACCACACCUCCUAAACCACGCAAACCAGAAUCAGAGGUUUCGGGCAAGGAUGGUGCUGAUAAGAAAACAGACCAAAGCAAAAAAGAGGAGGAGGAGGAGGAUGAUGAAGAGGAUGAUGAAGACGAGGAGCCCCCACCUGGCUCAACACUCUUCAUUAAGAACCUAAACUACAACACUGUGCAAGAAACACUGCAGGAGACUUUUUCCAAAUGUGGACCAGUAAAGAUGUGCACCAUAUCUAAGAAGAGGGAUAAAUCAGGCAAUCUCUCAUCUAUGGGCUAUGGUUUUGUACAAUACAAAACUCCAGAAGCAGCUCAGAAAGCUAUCCGACAGCUCCAACACUGUACUGUCGAUGGGCAUCAGCUCGAGAUCAAAAUUUCUGAAAGAGAAGUCAAGUCCAGUGUGGCACGCACCAGCAAGAAGAAACAAGUAACGAAAAAACAGAAGACAUCUAAAAUCUUGGUGCGCAAUGUUCCUUUCCAGGCCACAGUCAGAGAACUUAGAGAGCUCUUCUGUACAUUUGGGGAGUUGAAGACGGUUCGCCUUCCAAAGAAAGGUGUUGGUGGAUCUCACCGUGGCUUUGCUUUUGUGGACUUUCUCACAAAGCAGGAUGCCAAGAAAGCAUUCUCAGCACUGUGCCACAGCACCCAUUUAUACGGUAGGAGGCUUGUGCUGGAGUGGGCAGACACAGAGGAGAGUGUAGAAGACCUGCGAAAAAAAACAGCUCAGCAUUUCCAUGAUGCUCCUAAGAAGCCAAAGCAAGCGAAGGUGUUAGAGGGGAUCAUGGAGCAGAUGGAGGUUGAGGAGGACGAUGAUUGAACAGCAGCAAAUCAUCUGGGUUGAUACAAAAAAGUGCCGCUCAACAGAAACGCCAGCUUGAGAAUCAGUCAGCAUGAAAGAGUACAGCCUGAAUUACACAUCAAUAAAAUCAGAAAACUGCCAGUGCUGAACUUGUUCAUUUCUGUUUAAAAAUUCUAAUGCUUGUAUUUGACUUUCUAAUCCAUAAUGUCUCAAUUUGAGUGUGCUGGAAUUACUACAAUGUAUUUAAACUACAGUACAAUGUAAUAAAUUAACAUACUAUGUCUUUGGUAAUGUUUAUAUAGUUUAGCAAAAGCCUUGUCAAUUUGUUGUAAUAUAUCUUUUAAUUUUCUGAAUGAAAGUGUUAACUUUCCAGUGUCACAUUUUUGUUUUACUAGGGCAGAAUAAAUGAAAAAAAUU